UCUCACUAUAAAUAAAUAAAAUUAAAAUUAUUCAAACAAUUUAAUAUAUAUUAAAUUGUAGGAACCGGAAGGAUCGUGAACCGCAGCGAAUCGAUCCUCUGGCCUCAUCACUGCCGACCAGGCUCAAACGUCUCUCCCAAAGUCUCUCCCCUCGAUACAUUUCAAAACUCUCUCUCUCUCCCCAUCUCCGUUUCUCUCAAACCCUAAAUCCAUCCAUUUUCUUCCUCCGAAGCCUUAAAUCGAUAGGUUCCUGGUUGUGAAUGGAGGCUAUCAGAAAGCAAGCCUCCAAGUUCAGAGAACAGGUCGCCAAGCAACAACAGGCUGUCCUCAAACAGUUUGGUGGUGGGGGAUACGGGGGUUCAGAUAAUGUAAUUACUGAUGAGGCAGAGCUUCAGCAGCAUCAGAAACUUGAAAAGCUUUACAUAUCAACACGUGCUGGAAAGCAUUUUCAAAGGGAUAUUGUUCGUGGUGUAGAAGGUUUUAUCGUUACUGGGUCCAAACAAGUUGAAAUAGGAACAAAAUUGUCAGAAGAUUGCAGGAAAUAUGGUGUUGAAAAUACUUGUACCAGUGGUAAUACGUUAUCGAAAGCUGCAUUGAAUUAUGGACGAGCUCGUGCCCAAAUUGAGAAAGAACGUGGAAAUCUAUUGAAAGCUCUUGGUACACAGGUUGCAGAGCCAUUAAGAGCGAUGGUAAUGGGAGCUCCAUUGGAGGAUGCUCGACAUCUUGCUCAACGCUAUGAAAGAAUGCGACAAGAAGCUGAAGCUCAGGCCAUCGAAGUUUCCAAACGCCAAGCAAAAAUGAGGGAAGCAACAGGCAAUGCUGAUAAUACUUUGAAACUGGAAGCUGCAGAAGCAAAGUUGCAUGACCUGAAAUCAAACAUGGCAAUAUUGGGGAAGGAAGCUGCUGCUGCAAUGGCUGCUGUUGAAGCUCAACAACAGAGGCUGACACUCCAGCGACUUAUUGCCACAGUUGAAUCCGAACGCGCUUAUCACCAAAGAGUCCUUCAAAUACUUGAGCUACUUGAAACUGAGAUGAUUUCAGAGCGACAACGAAUUGAAGCACCUCCUAGCCCUCCUGUGGAAAACAAUACGCCCCCACCUCCAUCGUAUGAAGAAGUUAACGGAGUAUUUGCUUCUCAAACACACAACGGAUCCAGUGACAGCAUUAGUUACUUCUUAGGAGAGGUUAUGCAUUCGUAUCAAGCUGAAUCUGAUGUGGAGUUGAAUUUGUCAAUUGGUGACUUUGUUGUUGUCCGAAAGGUGUCUAAUAAUGGAUGGGCUGAAGGUGAAUGCAAAGGAAAGGCAGGUUGGUUCCCAUUUGGAUAUGUUGAAAAGCGGGAACGGGUUCUUGCAAGCAAGAUGGCUGAAGUGUUCUAAAUCCUCUGCUUGGGGUCGGCUUUUGAGAAGAAGAGGCUUUUUGCAUGUGUGUAUUUUUUGCGCUGCAAAGAGGUAGGGCAUGGAUUUGUUCUCACAAUUAGAGAGAAAGAAUGCAUAACCCUUACCUGCUUUCAAUGUGAUAUAGAUACCAAAAUUUCCUUCUGUAUUCUUAUUGAUUUAUACCUGUGUGUCCCUUUUUUUUUUUGCAAGGACUUGAUAACGUCCUUUUAUCUUCAUUUUUUUAUAUUUGCUGUUAUAUUAUGAGUAAAGGAAAACCUAUCACUCGA